UAGAAGGCUGUUUUUUGAAUGUUGUAGUGCCAGAGUCACUGACACAGCUGGUGAACAUCUUAUCAUCUCUGCCCGACUUGUGCUACUUAAGACUGACCAGAAAUGACUUUUCCUCACGGGUGAUUCGUAGCCACCUGUCGGACCUUGCUCACUGUAAGAGCCUACAGUAUCUCUGUCUCACAACACCAUCGGAUAUGUACAUCAGUGAUGUAUACAGUGAGAAUGACCGCCAGAUCAAGCAGCUUCACAACCAGUUUGAUGAGCUUCUGCAGGCAGUGAGAGAAACACAGAUCCAUGUUGAGUGGACUGAGGAGGCUUCAUACAGUCACUGGUUCUACACCAUCUGAUAAAACCAUGUUCGGUGCUAACUGUACUCUAGUGUGUCUAUUCCUAGUAAAGCGAAGUGAAUGAUUGAAA